AUGUUUAUCAGUCCUCCCGCCCCCGAUCCCGGCCUUGGCCCAAGCCCCCCGCUGAUAACAAUGAUCUUCCUCGGCCAUUCUGAUGAGCAUCUUCCCUCCAACGUCAGCUCACCCUACACCUUACACAGGUCUUUCUUGCGUCUUUCAACAAAUGCGAGCAUGAUGCAAACACAAAGGCCCACAUCUCGGUCGCGAAGAUCAACGACACGCACAACUAGAGGCUGCCAGACUUGUCGACGGCGACAUGUAAAGUGCGACGAUGCCAGCGUGCAGCCCUCGACUGCACCUACAAGCCUCAGCUCAAAUGGCCACGACAGGGUGCGAGGAUGGGCAACAACCGCUCUCGGCGGCGGCACCGAGCACGAAACGAGGCGUCAUCGCCUGCGAUUCGAGACCUUCUCGACCGAUGUCUACAGCAACCAUCACUUUGCAAGCUGCAUUGAUCUUGAAAUGAAUCAAUCCUCGAGCGACAGCAUUGUGAGCAUUUCCCAAGGUGACACAAACCCCAUGUACGGUUCGUCAGCCAUGGAAUCAGAGGAAGAAACACAGCUAGUGACUUAUUGGAACACGGAACGCUCUAGUCUCGUUCAGGUUCUGGACGAAGGAGAAAUCACGCCUGAUGAUAGCGCAUCACUCGUGCCGAUACCGUCCAAGACAUGCUCCCUUUCCAUCUCAUCGCCGGGCGACCCAUAUCAGCUUCCGAAUAUGACAAGCGAGGACGGCAUGCUCUUCCGAUACUAUGUUGCCGAAAUGUGCCCUCGGUGCAUUGUCAGGAAUGGUUACAACGAGAACUACCGUCAGGUCGUCCUCCCACUGGUCGACAAAUCCAAAAUCCUGCUGAGAGCCAUUCUGGCCUUCACGGCCAACCGCGUCAAGUUGCAAGAUGACCGCUUCCAGACUAUUGCCCUUCGUCACCAGGCAGCAGUGCUACAAGGCUUGCAACAAUCGCUCAGCACCAAGAAGCGGACCUCCUUCUCAAGACUGGAGAUACUGAGCACGAUCCUCAUGCUAUGCUUCUAUGAGAUUUACAACCCAGGAUCAAGCCCUACAGACUCGCAUGGCUUGCCCACAAGAGCCUGGAUGACGCAUUCAGGAGGUGUCCGCCGGCUGUUGGACCUCGGCCUGCUGGAAUCCCACGACUCUCACUACGAGAAGGCUAUCGUGUCUUUUCUCAGUCAGUAUUUUGCUUCGCGUAGCGUACUCGCCUUUACUUCCUUGUCGCCACUAGAGGAUCAGAGUGAGGUUGUUGACCAUGCUCAGUACUGGCUCGGCAUGACUGACAGGCCAACCGAGGAGAUCAAUCCGUUUGCUGGAUGCUCCAAUGAGAUGCUCAAAUCGAUCUUGGUCAUCACAUGGCGGGUGAGACAAGUAGGACAAUCGCUAUCGCAACCACCACCAUCAUGUUUACAGCAGACUUGGGCCAACAUGACGGCACAGAAACUCUUAUCCAUGGACCAACUUGCACCUGUAGAGAAUAGAAAUGGCAAUGCAAUCGCGGGAUUGCUAGGCCGGCACUCGGACCGGAUGGUGACGACCCUUCUGGAAAAGACAUCUGAAGCCUUCCGUUGGGCCGCUGUGCUGCUGCUGGGGAACCUGUACCCUGAAUCGGAUCCCACAGCUCAUGCGCAAACUGGAACGUGCCUGGGUCGGCUGGAUGAGAUCCUAGAUUCUGGUCUUGCUGUCCCGCAACGCGGCGCACUUGGCUCUUCCAGCUAUGUGUGGCCGUACUUUGUCGCAGGAUGCCACUUGCAAACCCUGGAUCAGAAUGCUUCACUGGGACAGCGGAUCAGAAGGCUCUUGACACGCAACCGGUCCGGCGACACAACGUCGCGUCAGAUUCUCCACGUGCUCGAGGAGAUGUGGUCCCUCCUGCCUGGGCACAGGGCUACAGCAUGCACCAAUGGAGAUAGUUUCUUGUGGAGGAGCGCCAUGUUGAGUAGUCACCAAGUACUCGAAUGGGUGUGA